AUAGAUGCUCGCCUGCUGAUGAGCACAGGCAUGCCGACCACCGAGGCGACCAACACGGUCGUCGGCACCGGACUGCUGGGCUCGACGCGCGCACAGUGGAACAUAAGUUCGGUCAGUGCGCAUCGGCUGAUGCAUCUUCCUCCUGUCUCCACGGCUGAGUCGCUGGUUCCCAGACACCCCUUCCCCACGGUGGACGUUCCGGAUCACGCCCAUUACACCAUCGGCAUCGUCAUCCUGGUGGUCGGCAUCACGGGCAUGCUGGGAAACUUCCUUGUCAUCUACGCCUUCUGCAGGAGUCGGAGUCUGCGUACGCCAGCCAACAUGUUCAUCAUUAACCUGGCCGUCACAGACCUCCUCAUGUGUGUGACCCAGACCCCCAUCUUCUUCACCACCAGCAUGCACAAGCGCUGGAUCUUUGGCGAGAAAGGUUGUGAGCUGUAUGCGUUCUGCGGCGCUCUGUUUGGCAUCUGCAGCAUGAUCACCCUGAUGGCCAUUGCCGUGGACCGCUACGUGGUCAUCACCCGGCCCCUAGCCUCCCUGGGGGUCAUGUCUCGACGGAGGGCCCUGUGUAUCCUGGCUGGGGCCUGGGCUUACUCCAUGGGCUGGAGCCUGCCCCCCUUCUUCGGCUGGAGUGCCUAUGUGCCAGAGGGCCUGUUGACGUCUUGCUCGUGGGACUACAUGACGUUCACGCCCUCCGUGCGCUCGUACACCAUGCUGCUCUUCACCUUUGUCUUCUUCAUCCCCCUCUUCAUCAUCAUCUUCUGCUACAGCUGCAUUUUCAGAGCCAUCCGACACACUACGCGGGCUGUAUGCAAGAUCAACGGGGUUGGAGCCAGGGAUUCCAUCAAGAGGAUGCAUAAGAUGAAGGGUGAAUGGAAAAUGGCCAAGAUCGCUCUGAUCGUCAUCAUGCUCUACGUCAUCUCCUGGGCCCCCUACUCCUGCGUGGCCCUCACCGCCUUCGCAGGGUACGCUGAUAUGCUGACUCCCUACAUGAACUCCGUCCCGGCGGUCAUCGCUAAGGCCUCCGCCAUCCACAACCCAAUCAUCUACGCCAUCACACACCCCAAAUACAGGGCAGCCAUCGGUAGGUAUGUUCCCUACCUGGCCUUCCUGCUGUGUGUGCCGCCCAGGGACCGCUUCACCAGCAGCAGCUUCCAAUCCACCCGCCGAUCCACAGUCACCAGCCAAUCCUCUGACCGCCCCAACAAGGCCCGCCUCUCCUCGCAGUCCGACAGCGAAUCGGGUGGCUUCUCGGACACGGAGGCGGACCCCUCGAUGCGGCUGCCCGUGAGCCAUCAGUACUCCAGCGACAGCAAACAAGUGCGACACAGCAGCCAGAGGUCAAAGGUCAGGGUUCGAGACUCAGGGGUCUUCGAGAGAGCAGCCGUCCACAGCCCGACCGAUCCCUCGAUAUGCCACCUCUCUCUGAUCAGUACCCAGACAGAUUUGGAGGACAUCUCCAUGUCUGACUUCAGUGUCAAGUCCGUCACGCUACAAGCCAAUGGAGUGUGA